CUCCCCCAACUUUCGAUCACAGCCGUAAUAACUCAACAUUUACGGUUACUCUGAGGUUCCCAACCAUUUUUAUCUCCUCCGCACGUUUCCUUCAUCUUCUUCCCCACGUUCACAGUCGGUUGUAUCAUUCCACAACCGUUCAAUCGGUUUCUCAUGGGAGUUCUUCUAACGUUCAUUGAUCGGUUUCUCAAACUAUACAACCCACCACAUGUUGGUUAAUGGGUUCUCCUCGAUCCAGUAAGACAAUAAUCGUAGAAGCAAUGCUCCUGAUUAUUCAUGAAUUGCACAACCACGUUGUCACUUUAUUGGCCCUAACACUGAUUCCCAUCUCUUGAUGUGAUAUUUACUAAAUUGGGGGUUCACCUGUGCCAUAAAUAUAGAUUAUGGAGCCUAAAUCGCAUAACCUAGAAGAACAGCAAGACAAGAAGUAUGAAGCUUUUACAUAGAACAAGAUAGAUCAUAUGAAAGUCUCCAAGUUACCGAAGGUUUCACCAUGAAGGACAAUCCCAGAUGUGCAUCAGAUGUGGACAAACGAAAAAGCUGACUCCGAUUGUGCAAGUGUGGAAAUAAUCGAGUUUAGCCAGCACUUCAACCCGUCACCAUGACUUUCACCACUAUCAAACGCCUCAAGAUUAUCACACUGCAUUUUCACCACACAGAGGCACCCGAUUUCUAUCUAUCUAUCUGGUUUGGAAUCAAAGACCACCACUCACCUCAAAGUUUUGACAAAUGGAUUUUUGAUUCUGAUGUUAUUGUGUGUCUGUUUGAAGAGAAGAACCCUUUGCUGGUUGGUUCUCAGAAAAGAGAGACUUAUAUAUUUUCCACGGGUCUAAUCUGUAAAUGGGGUUCUAUUUUAGAGCAAAUAUGUCAGAUGAGUGAUGAACUUGAACACAUGACAGAAACAAUAGACAGUUCACUAAACAGGUUUGGGUUGAUGUUGGAAUAUCUUCAGGCGGAUGAAAUAAAUGUCAAUAAAGGAUCAAAAGAAUUAACCAUGAAUAAGCAAAUGGAAAGAAGAUAUAAAAUCUAG